AUCGUUUAUUGAUGUUGUUCUUGUGCAUUUUUUUUUUCAGUGAAUCUAGGCUCAAUUCUAUAUCAAUACAUUGGAACGUGGAGUCGUUUGUGAAUGUGUUAAUGGAUGUAUUUGGAUUCGACGUGGAAAUUUCCUCGGAUAAUUUUAUUCCUCUUAAUGAGGCAGCUUUAUUUUUUGGGGUGGACUCACUUCUCUGUAAGUGUCGAGUUUGGUUGGAAGAAGUGACUUCUUUCAAAGGGAUUCAAUCACCACAACUAUGCCUAGAUGGCUUGGUUCACAUCUGGAAGUAUGGUUUGGAGCUUGCAAAUGAUUAUAUUCUGCAGCUCUGUACAAGCUAUUUGGCUAUGAACUUUAUGUGGGCAUUAUCAUUCAACUCAUACACUGAUGUCCCAGACAAACUACUCUACUCAUGUAUCCAACAUCCUGAUUUGACUGUUGACAGGUUAGAAGAUUUUCCUAUUCUACUAUUUAUAAAGAGAACUCAUUGUGAUGCUCCUUUUAAUUGCUUUCACAGUGAGAAGCAUCUUUGUGAAGCGAUUCUAGUUUUUCUCAACGCAAACACUACAAAAUCAGAGGGCUUGAGUAGCAGUGAUUUAUGUGACAAGGUACGAGCGUGGGAUCUAUCAAGUAAGCACAAUAUAAAACGAUUAUCAGACAAUCUUGAUCCUACAAUUUCUGUUAGUUUCUGGAACAUGCUCGUAUCUGUUGUAUACUACCAGAGUUUCUAUGUUUAUCAGAAGCCUUUUGACCCUAAGAAUACUGAACGCCUCGUCAAUAUGACCUGUCCACUAUAUAUCAUCAUUUUCACUGUUUCAGGAAAACGAAGGUGCGGUUUCUUUUCAAAGUUUGCUGAUAAAGCAACAAGUACUAUUCUCAGUCUUGCGAGAUAUCCUUCUACGAACUCAACAGACCUCUUUGGAGGAGGCGACUCAAGUCAACAUAGGAUCCGCUUGACCAAGUAUACCCAAAAAAUCGAUGUUUCUAGUUGCCCACAAAUUACGGCAGGAGUAUUUCUUCUUUCUGUGCUUCCAUCAUGUGAAACUGAUUCAAUGCUGAGAAAGAUCAUUAAGAAGGCUUCCAUGAAUAAUGGAAACAUUGGAGAAAGUAGUUUCCAGAUCUCGGAUGCAGUGUAUCAGAAUUUGAGUUUUGAAGCAGUGCAGGAGUUGGAUAUUUCAAAUUGCCCAUCUCUUUCCCUGGAGUCAGCAAUUGAUUGUUUCUGCAAGUUAUUUCCAUCUCUAAGAACAUUAAGGGCAGCUUAUUACUUAAACUUCAAGAUAAGAAAGUUGCGCCAGUUGGUGCAAAAAUUGCCUCUACUUGCCAAUAUUGACUUGAGUUUGGAUAUUAAACCUGUUAUACCUGCACAAGUAUCUAUUGCGGUAUCUUCAUCGGUUCUAAUACCAGAAAGUUCGACAGCAUCAUUGUUUUAUACAUCCAAGCCCUUGGUAUCAAAUAUCAUAAGACUCACUUUGGAGGGCCGAACUGAUUUAAGAGAUUCUGAUCUUUGUAUCAUCUCAGAGGUCUGCCGUUCUUUGAGUUAUGUUAACAUUAAAGGGUGUACAUCAGUCACAGACCAUGGUAUAUCAAAAAUGAUUCUAAUAUGCAAAAGACUCAAAUCAAUUUUGGCGUGUGAUACCUCUUUUGGAAAUGGUUCUGUUGUGGCGUUUUCCUCUGGUAUUUCAACUGAAACAGAACAAAGUGAAAAUAACUCGCAGUUGAUGGUUUUCAAACUUCUAACCUUGCACGUUGGUGGAUGCCAUGGAAUAACUGGGAAGAUUUUGUCUGAGCUUAUGUCUAGAGCAGAUAGUUUGAAGAGUCUAUGUGUAAGAGAUCUUAAACUUGUGGAUGAUGCUCUUUAUAGGUUUUCAGGGGUCUCCUUGGAGAUGCUUGAUGUUUCUAACACUGAGGUUUCCUUUGCUGCUUUAUCUCGUAUCAUUCGUAGAAAUCCUGAUUUGAAAUCUCUGAAAACAAGAGGCUGUAUACAUCUGUUACGUCAGGAAUCUGAAACUAAGGAAAGAAAACUGUUUAAUCCAUUGUAUACUCCAGAAGAAAUAUACUAUGAGCUAGGCAAGUCCUGCAAGUUGGAGGAGAUUGAACUUGGAUGGGGAUUUUCCUUUUUCUCUCUUGAAGCCCUUAAACCAGCAAUGAGAACAUUAAGAACAUUACUUGUUGGUUUAGGUGGAUCCUUAGGCCCUGAUGGCUUGAAGCUGUUACCCGCUAUCUGUCCACUGCUUGAGACACUGAUUCUUUUUUUUCAGGUGAUAUCGGAUUCGGCUAUAACUGACAUAAUAAAUACCUUGCCACAUUUGCAAUCAUUAGCCCUAUGCUAUUGCCUCGGUGACAUAUCCCCAUUAAGCUUUAAGUUCAGGAUGCCAAAUUUGAGGAACUUGAAACUUGAAAGAGUAACUCCAUGGAUGACUAAUGGAGAAUUGGCUACUCUUGCUGAGAAUUGUGAAAAUUUGGUUAAGCUUUCAUUAAUAGGAUGCACCUUGCUUGAUUCUGAAGCACAAGCUAUAAUUUCAAGUGGUUGGCCAGGGUUGACAUCUCUUCAUCUUGAGGAAUGUGGAAAAAUAACUGCAAAUGGUGUAAGAUCUCUUUUGGACUGUCAUGCCCUUGAAGAUCUCGUACUACGUCACACCGGACCCGGGAUUCCGAGAAACUUCAUCACUUAUGCUACUUCCAAGUUGCCAAUGCUCCGAAAAAUCUCACUCGAUAUAUGUGAUUCAAGAGAAGCUGAUUUUGACGUUCCAACUUUACUUGACAGAUGUUUCCUAAGUAUUGUAAAGAUCGCGAGAUGUAAGCUUCGAAAGAAUACUCUAGACUUUCACCACGUUGAGGCUCACAGAACCCCAGUUCAUAAAGAGACCUUGGUCAUGGUGUGGAACAGUAAUAAACUUGUUACAACAGUUGUGAAGGAAAGAGUAUAGAUUUUUUUAUUUAUUUAAUCCGAAUACAAACAAGUCGAGUCAAACGCAUUAUUGUUUAAUUUUCUGAUCGAAUUUGAAACUCGGACGACUUUGAACCAAGUUGAGUAUGAAUUAAGUUUAAACUUUAUAGUUAUAUCUUGUUAUUAUUGUAAUAAUAAUAAUCAAACACUGUUUUAGUGAAGCUCUAUAUUUUAUCUAACUGGAAAAGUUGUUCGAA